AUGGCCAAAAUUAAUCCUCCAGCCGCCCGCAAAGUUUACAAUCUCGACGAAGAGACCGCUUUCCAGCAAUGCACGGCCAAGUUGACGGAUCCCACGACCGAAAACUUCAUCGUACGCUUCGAGAGCUCUGAAGCCAAAUGUGCCGUCGACGUCAGCCAGGAAGAAGCCCUUAAAUGGCUACAAGCCGAAAACCGCUCGGCUACUCAAGCCUUGUGGUUGAAUUUUUGGACCUCGGAUUCGCAAAGGACAACCAUUGCAGCUGUUGCUAAGAAGUAUGGCCUGUCGCCUCGACUUACCAGAUUGCUUUGUCCUGCGAGAAAAAGUGCAACACAGACACCCAGCACUGCCUCAACAAAUAGCAGUAGUUCAAGCACUUCAUCAGGACAGAGGACACCCACAGCAAGGAUGACCGAUGUUGAGAAAGGGAUUCCUCCAUCUUCAGAUGCCAUCCAGUCAAAGCCGAAAGCCACUGUGAAGGACAUCAACUUCGGAGAUGUCGUCAACGAUCUGUGGCAUUUUUGUUCCAUUGAUUUCGGUCACCACUUCAUCCAUGUCGGCUUCAAUACCCUGUUCUCCUCGUCUGAAAGUAAAAAUGAAGACCCCAGCAAACCAUCUGGACAGCGUAUCUGGACUUCAUUGCUCAUAUGUGACGAUGGGACUGUCAUCUCUGUGUUUGAUCGACCGGUCAACCCAGAAGCAUAUAAAGAUACCAGAUCCCAUGUUGUCAAUAUCUUCCGUCAUCUGUCCAAGCAUCAUAAUCACAACAAUACCCUCGAUGCAUUGAUGCAGGUUCGGGUCAGGUGGAAUGAACCGGCUGGAACGGGAUAUUCUCCAACCGAAGCCGCGAGCCUUCUGUUCUACUAUCUCUUCGAUGACUGGUGGUCAACCUACGCAUUGCUCGCCCGCAGGGAACAUCCGUACCGAGACACAUUGGAAGAGUUGCGACAACUCAUGUUCGAAGCGGCCGAUGUGUCCUUGAUCAAGCAAGUGCACGACGUGGGGAGACAACUGACGGUCCUGAAACUCAUGUAUCAAAGUUAUGAACUGAUUGUCUCGCGGCUUCUGCAUCGCCAGCGAUCGACCAAAGACGCCAACAUCGGCCCCUUAUCAGCCGGAAACGGAUCCCAUUUUCAUGACAUUCGAAUCUAUCACGAUACGGCAGCCUCACAACUGGCCCAAGAUGAACAUAUCUUCUUGGAUGAGGAUUCGAUGCACAGCGUGAAAUUGAGCUUUUCUGCCGUAGUUCGAUUUGAGAGGUUGCUCGACCGAAUCAGAUUGUAUGCAUUGACAGAAAUCGAGGAGUGCUUGAAGGAGAAGGAGUCACUGGUGCUCAUGAAUUUCAACUUGGUCGCUCUGAAAGAGUCCCAGGCUGUUGAAAGGUUGACACGAACCACCGUUCUCUUAGCCAAGGCGACCAUCCUGUUCCUUCCAGUCAGUCUGAUGACUGGUUAUUUCUCCAUUCAACUUCCGGAAGUAGCAGAGAAGUACACACUCAAGACGUAUUGGCUUUCGUUCUUGGUCGUUUCCCUCCUCUCGAUGGUCUUCCUCUUGGUGUUUGGUGUAACUACUCACACUGUCGAGGGCAAAACAAUUUAUCGAUCAAUCACCGGAAUAAUUUUGGACAAAGGGAAACGGAAAAAGCAAUGA